AUGAAGGCAUGGGUUCUCACCAAGUUCAACACUCCAUACGAACUACAGGAGAUCCCAGUUCCUGCAAUCCAAGAUCCGCACGACAUACUCGUCCGAGUCGAUGCAGCAUCCUACUGCCACACCGACGCCGUGCUGGCCGCGGGCUCGAUGCAUCCACCAUCUCUUCCACACAUAGGAUGCCACGAGUUCACGGGGACGGUUGUCGCUGCACAUUCACCUGACAAAGAGUCAAUCCAUAACAUCCACAUCGGCGACCGUGUCGCAGUGCCCGGCCGAGGCUACCAUGUAUGCGGCAAGUGCAUGGAAUGUCUUAACCCGUCAGGCCCGGAUCCAGACGAACCAGGUUUCUCAGUCUACUGUCCCUAUACCGGUGGUGGUCUUGGAGUCGGCAAACCAGGAGGGUUCCAGGAAUAUGCAUUGGUCGAUGCGAGACAAGUGGCGCUGAUUCCUGAUACCAUGACGGCCGUCGAGGCGGCUCCGCUGAUGUGUGCGGGCCUUACUAUCUACGCGGCACUCAGAAAGUGUAAACUUCACCCGGGGGAGAGGGUGGGUAUUAUUGGAUGCGGGGGCGGGCUGGGACAUUUGGGAUUGCAGUUUGCGACUAAGAUGGGGUUGAAGACCACGGGGGUGGAUGUGAGUCCACGGGCGCUGAAGCUGGUUAGAGAAUUGAAUACUGGCGCGGCGAUUGUGGAUGCUUCUUCACAAAAAGCGGAAGAUGUAAGACGUAAUAUGGGAGAGGAAGACGGAAGACAACAUAUUGCUGAGAUGGGUCUUGAUGCCGUUUUGAUUCUGCCGGAGAGUCAGAAGUCGUUUGAUUAUGGGAUGGAGCUGGUCAGGAACGGCGGUCUGGUGCAGGUCAUUUCGUUCCCGCCGGAGGGGUUCCAUGUCUCGGCUAAUGAUUUGGUUUUCGUCGCGUGA